AUGACUAGCGAAACUAAAUGUGCGGAUUUAAAACAAAUUCAGCGUCCCACAUUACGCGGCUUGAGAAAAUGUGCAAGUUGUGGCGCCAUAAAUGGCAGUCGUGCGCUCCUCUGCCGGAAUACCACAUGUCCGCAAAACAAGAAUGUGCUUGAUGGCGUGCAACUCGUCUGCCGGCGUGCCGGCUGUGCCAUCUAUUCGGUGCGCACCAAAGAACGGGAUCCGGAGGCGCAGCCGCGCAAUUUUGUGUGCAUUGAGGAUGUGACGCUGUCGCUGCAACCGAACGCGGCUGUGGUGUCCAGCAAGGCCGUUUGCUAUGUGGAUGCAUGCAAGGCCGCCAACGAUUGCCGGCACAUAAAAGCCUGCCGCGAGGGUCACGAUCAGAUGCCCAAGGCGCAGGUGUACACGGUGUCGCGCGAGGUGCUCUGGAAUCUAAACAUCAGUCUGGAACAGAAGCAACAGCUCUGGCAGCAGUACAAGUCGGCCGAGGACCGUGAACAGCUGCCGGCGGUGCAGCGCCUAAACGCAACCACUUUUGUGGUCAAGUGCGAGUGCUCCAAUACAUUUCCAGCUGGGCAACUGCACGUGACGGCCCUUGCCAAUGGACUGUCUACCAAGAAGGGCACAUAUGCGUGUGCCUGUCGCAAGCUAAAGAUUAUCGUGGAGCCGGACAACUCGCUGGUCAUGCAGGACGAAAUCUGUGACCAUUUGCUGCUCGUGCUGGCCGGCAUACUCAGUUCACCGCAGGGCAAAACAAUCUAUGGCAACUUUACGAAGAGCCUGCAAACGUUCUGGAUGCCCGACAAGCUGGAGACGCCACUGGGCGAGGCCACGCACGACGAUUUGCGCUUGAGCUUGAGCAUCAACUUAAGCGGCGAGAUUGAUCCUGCCGAAGAUAUAUACAUAUUUGACGAUGAGUUCUGUGUGACAGACACGGAUCUGCUGCCCAUGCCGGAGGAGCUGUCGGACAUCAUUUACGAUGUGAACACCACGCCAUCUUCGAAUAGCAAUUGCAGCAAUUUGGUCAACGACGCACAGCUCUUGUCGAAUUUCGAUAUAUACGCUGAGCAGCAGCAGGACCAACAUUUGGAGCUGACUGAUUGCAAUAUUGAGCUGAUGGAUCAGUAUCAGCUGACCGACCAAAUUGAUUUGUGCAGCGACGAUAUUGAGCUGCCGCUGGUCGGCGAACCCUUCAACAUCCUGGCGCCUCAGCCCAUCUAUACAAAGGCGCCGCCAGCGGCCAACAAUCAGCUGCAUGCCAUAGAGCUGCCCACCAUUGCGGUGGUCAAGAAGUCCGCCAUCAAAGCUUCUGAAAUUGUGGAGGAGGUCAAGACGCGCAAGCAGCCGCCGCUGCCGGCAAAGCGUGCGCUCAUUGUCAAUGAGCCGAACUGCAAAACUGCUGCGGCUGCUGAGGCUGUGGGCGUGGCUGUGGAGCCGGCAUUGGCCUAUCAGGCCUGGCUGGACUAUGUGAUAGAGCUGCUCAACGUAUCCAUCGAGCCGGAUCCUGCGGCUAUGCAGGCAGUUAACACGCGGCAGCUGCUCCAAAGUUUUCAUGUUCACAAGGAAACAUUCUCGCACUUUAGCAAGAGCUUCAGUGCGGGCAUCAAGCGGCGUCCCCUGCACCAGGUUGCAGUCAUCGAAGCCGGCAGAAACAAAGGUCUUAGCAAGUAUAUUUGGCACUUUAGCGCCUCGCACACUGUGAAGCGCAUCUUCAGCAGUCGCAAUAUCAGCUUGCAGCUGGAGCGCUGCUUUGAACGCCAUGCAGAUAGACAUUUUGUGCCCUAUGUGCGACAGACUUCCAUGCAGACAGACGCACAGGGAAAACAGCGCUUGGUGCAUACAAAACUGCGGCUUUUUAUGGUUAAAAUGCUCUUCGAUGUCGAGCAACAGAUAAAAAGUGGUUUGUAUAUCUCCUGGCUGCCCGACGUGCUGCCGCGCAGCAGCUUUGGCCAAAUGGAUGUGGAAUUCACGCUGCAAACACGCGCUCCGCUUUGAAUGUGAGUGUGAUUCGAAACAAUUUAAAUUAGAUGUUCUUUAUUUGUAUUUCCAUUCACUUUAGGUUUAUAAGAUUUCUUUUUGUUUUUCUCCUUUUUUUUUUUUUUUUGCUUGCAUCCAUAUCAACUCUUCAUUAGCUUAUCCGUUAACUUAGGUGUACAUAAACUUAUAUUUUUUGCUUUUUUUUUUUUUUGUUGUUUUCUUUCAAUUUUCUGGUAUUUCGAGAUAUUUGAUCGCGCCACUCUUUGCUCUCUUUACUUGAAGAAGCGUUUGCUACUCUUUAAACUUGCUUUACUUCAUUUGCUGCACUUCUACGCUUCUCUCUCUUAACUGUUUAUCCUCGUUUGCUGCUACUCUGUAAUUCCCUUUUAAAACUAUGGGCUUCGCUUCCCUUCGCUUUAUGCUUAGCUCUAAAAUCGUGGGUUAUGCUUACUUCGGUUUUCGCUACAUUUCAGCUUUUUUACUAAACUGUUUUUUUUUUUUUGGUUUUUUUUUCUUUUUAAUAUUUUUGUAUACGUUUUUAUACGCUUAAGUUUGACAUUCAUCACAUUUAUAAAUUGCAUAACACCGUCAAUUAGAUAAUAUAUAUAUUUAUAUAUAUAUUAAUUAUAUGAUUUGUGAAGGUAGUUAGUCUUGGAAAGGUUUCCUUGCUCGAGAAGUGUGUGCAGUUUUUUUUCUUCUUUUUUUCUUUCGAAUAUUUUUCUUUUCUUUUUUUAGUUUUUUUCGGCUCUUUUCUUCACAUUGGCUGGGAAUAUAUAAUCCAGGCCAGAUGCUGUCAAGAUUGUUUGGCUGUCAUUUACAAAUUCAUUCAUUCAUUCAAUUAAUAUUUUCGUUUUUUUUUUUUGUGUUUAGUUUAAUAAUACAUACAUUAUGUUUAACUAAGAACUACUUUGUGUUUUCAUAGUUAAAAUGCUUUAGUUAUCGUUUAGUUUUUCGAAAAUAAUAUGGGCUUUUCGUAUAUUACAGAUGAAGCAUUCUAGUUUUGCCUUUUUUGUUUUUGUUUUUUUUUUUUUAAGUUAUGAGAAUUUACAAGCCUUCUAUAUAUGUAGAACGUUUCUUAAUACAAGUGCCUAGAGUUUUGCAUAGAUCUAUUACAAAGAAAAUCAUUUCAAAAAUUGGUCGUUAGGUUAAAGGUUUUUUUUUUUGUUUUCUUUACUUUUCAUCUAGAAAUGCAGCGAAAUAACAGAGUAGGGAUACGAUUUCUUUUUAAUAAUGAUAUCUAUUAAAUGUAUUUUGCCAAGAACUGAACUUGAAGUUUUGGUAUACCCGAAAUCGAAAGCAAUUUGAUUGAAAUCAAGCUUAGAUACAAUAAUGCAUAAUUAAUAUAGACAGUUGUAGAGCUGCGCUUAAGAUAAAGUUUACAAAAAACCAGUCUUUAAAACAUUAUGUUGUUUAUCAGUAAAUACAUAUACAUAAACAUUCGUAAAUGUAUAAAUCCUAAAUCUGGCUUAAAUCCGAAUGUGAAUGUGGCGUGCGCGAAGCAUAACUGUUUACGCUUUACGGAUUAUACAUACAUAUAUAUAGGUAUAUAUACUUUUUUUUUCAAGCGGACUUGCUCCAUGCUAUAUACUAUAUAUAUAGUUUUAUGCUUGUGUAAUCCAUGGAUUCCAUUUUUAGACUGGAACACACAAGCGUUCGAUUUUGAAUCUGUACAAAAUGGCAUUGGAUCAUUUGAGGGGAAACACCCUGUGCUCAUAUUUUUCUUUUUUUCAAAUCUUAAUGCUGGUGCAAUUUUUUCUCAUGCUUACAUUUAAGAAAAACAAUUUUCAAUAUUUUUGCAGAUUUUCUCUUUUCUAUUUUGUUUUUGUUUUUGUUUUCCACGCGAAUUUCUAUUUUAGUAAUACUUUGCCUGCGCUACGAUUUACACACAAUUAGUUCUUAAAUACUAAACGCUAAGCAAUUUCUUCUUUUUCUUUGCAAUGUUUUUUUUUUUAUUUAUUUUUUUUUUUACAAUAUUUAUAGCGUGAAGAGCCGGUUGACAGCUCGCCUUAAGCCAAGUUAUUUUUCUCAUUCUUUCUACAACUACGAGGCGUACAUAUAUUUACAUUUGUGAUGUGCCCGUGUGUGUGUGUGCCUGUGUGUGUGUGUUUUACAUCAAUUGUUUUUAUUUAAUUUUAUUUAUUAUUAUUAUUUUUUUGGGGGAUUUACAGUGAUGCGGUGCUUGCUUAGGUGCUUCGAAUAAAUUUGAGAAAAUAUUUCUUGUGCCUUUGAAAAUACAUAUAUGCAUAUUAUAUAUAUAUAUAUAUAUGUAAAGAUCUAGACAUGACAUUAUCUACAUAUAUGUAUGCAAAAUUUGUCGUAAAUAUGUUAAUUUUCCUCUCUAUUAAAUUCGCAUAAUUUUCGCUACGUUUAUUUUUGUGUAUUUCUUGUUUUUUAAGUUUCAACACGUUUGAAAUCGUUGUGUAGAAUUUUGAGCAGAAAAAAAACAGUUAACAGAUUGUAGGACGGAUAUUGAAUCAAUUUAGCAAACAAUAUGACAAUAUUUAACGGUAAACUGACCUUAUAUAAGAACCUGAUUUCAACUCAAUAUUUCGAGCAUGGCACAAACUUUCGAUUUACUCGUACAUAAAAACUAAUUCAUUAAAUUUAACAAAUUGAGGGCAAUUUCGUCGUAUUUUAAUUUGUGUAUGCUUUUUUUUUUUCAUUUUGUGCGUUUAACUACAUUUAAACAUUAUUAUGAUAUAUAUUUAUAUUUAAAUAUAUUUAAUCAUGUGCCUUGCUGCUAGUUUUUACUUAUUUGUCUAUUUUAUGUGAUUUGCUUGCGACUACGUUUGAAUACAAUAUAAAUUGAAAUUAAAUUAAACAUUGAACAUUAAUAAGCGAUUGAUUGUGUGUGUGUUUCUUUAUAACAGGAUUUGUUAAGGACUCGAAAAGAUAUUUAAAACAAUAUAUGGGUAAAAAGAAGAAGAACGCGCACAGCAAUAAAUAAAUGUUAAAUAAUAUGUAAAAUAGGUUUAAGGACGCGCUUCAUAAAACUAGGCAAAUGUUUACAAUAAUUAUAUAUUUAAUUAUGUUA